AUGAAGUUCUCUGUGGUGUUUUCUCUUGCAUCCCUUCUCGCCGCAUGCGCUGUCACGGCAGCGCCGGCUGAGCGUGCACACGAAGCCAAGGCUCGUGUGAAUUUGGAAAAUGGUAUCAAGAAGCGCGGAAGCGGUAAGCUUACUUGGUACGCCGGUGGCAUGCUAGAUUCCCCAGCCUGCGGUGGUCCACGCCCAGGCGACGACGACUUGAUUGUGGCUGUCGCUAAGGAUGGCGGAUACGGCUCGUGCAACCAAAAGGUUCGCCUGCACUACCAAGGCAAGCACCUGGAGGCAACUGUGCGUGACUACUGUGAGGACUGCCAGUUCGGCCACUUUGACGGAACAAAGGGACUGUUCCGUCACUUUGCUGGGCUCGAACAGGGCAUCCUGACCGGCGUUGACUUCGAGCUUCUUUAA